AUGCAAGUCGAUCGGCCUACCGCUCAACAGCAACAGCAGCAGCAACAAGGAAUUGACAAGAAGCGUCAGCAGCAACAGCAGCAGCAACAGCAGCAGCAGCAGGAGAUGCUGGAGCCUUGCCAGACAGGAGCUCGUGCUGCUCGUUAUAUGCAGCUGCAUGCAGAAGCCCUUGAGCUGCUGCAGCGAGCAGCAGCAGCAGCACCGCAGCAUCUAGGUGUGCUGCUAGGUAUCUGCCGUUGCUGCGAGGUGCUGCUGCUGGGUAAUGGACAGCAGCAGGAGCAGCAGCAGCAGCUGUUGCUGCAGACUGUAGAUGCAUAUACUGCUCUUCUUAAUGCAGUAUACAACCUGCAGCAGCAGCAGCAGCAGAAUCAGCAGCCAAUGCGACAGCAGCAAGAGCAACAAGAGGAUGAGGAUGAGGAUCAGGAUGAAGACCAUCAACAGCAGCAGCAGCAACAGCAGCAGCAACAGCAGCAGCAGAAGCAGAAGCAGCAGGUACCCCUCCGUCAUAAGAUAGAUGCAUUCCUUAGGAGAGACAAUUUACCUUCUGCUGCUCUGCAUAACUACGGGUGUCUCCUUUUAGCAGCAGAUAGACCAGGAGAAGCACAACGUGUUCUUGCUGCUCUUGUGCUGCACCUCUCCUGCCGCAACAGCAACAGCAGCAGCAGCAGCAGCAGCGAGCAGCAGCAGCAGCAGGGGACUGGUGAGAUGGAAGAAGGGCUUGCGGGGAGUUCUGCCGGAGCCACUUCCAGCAGCAACGGCAGCAACAGCAACAGCAACAGCAACAGCAACAGCAGCAACAGAAGCAGCAGCAGCAGCAGCAGCAACAGCAGCACAAAUGAGGAUGAAGAUGGUGCUGCUCUUGCUGGUAUUUGCUGCUUUAAUUUGUGUCUUUGUCUCUCUGCUCUUGGUGCGCAUGCACAGCUAUCUAUGUUGCUGCGCUUUCUUGCUUCCCCUCCUACUGCUGCUGCUGCUGCAGCAGGAGCAGCAGGAGCAGCAGCAGCAGCAGGUGUCGCUGCAGUAGGAGGUGCAUCUCCUGCCGCUUCAUCUAUAUCAGCAGCACCAGGAACACCCCCAGGAGCAGGUGCAGCACCAGGAUCAACAGCAGCAGCAGCAGCAGCAGCAGCAAGAGCAGCAGCAGCAGCAGAGGAGAUAUGGGAAGGAGACGAGAGAAUAGCAUUAAGACCUUCUUGUAUUCGUCAUUUAAUUUAUUUUUUAGAUUUGCUGCUGCCGCUGCAGCUGCGGCAGCAACUGCAGCAGCAGCAGCUGCUGUUCCGCAUGCAAUUGGCGCUGCAGCGCCGUUCUCUCUAUGGUGCUCAUUUUAACGCAGAGGCCUUUAUUCGCAGCGCCACGACCAGCAGCAGCAGCAGCAGCAGCAGCAGCAGCAGCAGCUACUGCAGCAGGUCUGAUGUUGUUCUUGCCUGUCUGUAUGCUGCCUCCUUUAUGCUUAGUGCUGGUCGUCAUGAUAAGGCAUUGGCGUUAGUGCAGCGGGCAUUAGAUAUAGGUAACCCUGAUGCAGCAGCAGCAGCAGCAGCAGGAGAUAAAAAUAAUAGCAGCAGCAGCAUCAAGAAGAAGAAAAAGAGCAGCAGCAGCAAAAGACCUAGAGACCCCAUGGCUUUCUCCUUCCUUGCUGCUAUUCAUUUUGCUAGAGCUAAGAAACUUGCUGCUGCAGGACACCCCAAAGCAAACGAAUCCUUUGCUGAAUUUCGUUAUAAUUGUUGCUUAGCUCUGCAGCCGCCAUUCGUAGGAAAUGCGCAUGCAGCUUUGGGGCUUGGUGUGUGGAUGGCUUAUCAAGGACUGACGCGUUUAGCGUUAUUAGCUUUCCGUCGUGUAUUUGCAUGCAAAUUGAAUAAUUAUAUCUAUGGUGUAUUACAAUUUAAUUUUGGGGCUUUUUUCUCUUUGCAUGCGUUUUCUUCAAGAAAAGAUCUUCUUAUUGGUAAUGAUGUUACUAAAAUUGAUCAUAAUAAACUUAAUAAAGCCCUUUUCCAUUACUUAGCAGCAGCAGAUGCUUUGCCUACAGAGAGGAAUGUUUACCUCGCUAUUGGUCGUCUCUUCCAUGACUGUGGUUUCUUUACGGCGGGUAUUGAAUUGAUGCAAAUCGCCUUAAGAAGAUGGCCAAGAGAUAUCCGUUUUGUGUAUAACAUG